CUUAGUCACAUUUUUGUGAGUGAAGAAGCAAGUGAAGAACAUACCUCGACAUCCUGCGACUUUGCUGAAGCUGCAGCAACCACCACAAAGCAAACACAGAUAAAGCUCUUCAUUUCGUGCCGGUUUGUGUGCUACUACCUAACGUCAAGUGAUUAUCGGUGCUACUUUUUUGAAAAUCCCGCGACAUACCAGUGACACCAUGGCGGCUGUUAUACCUGCAGUUACGAAACUUUCCGCCCGGAUUAUCCGGGUUCUGGGGUGCAACCCCGGAAUUAUGACCCUGCAGGGCACCAACACUUACAUUAUCGGCACCGGGAAGAGGCGUAUUUUAGUUGACACUGGCGACGCCGACGUCCCCCAGUACAUCAACCACUUGAAGAGCGUUCUCAAGCAUGAAGACAUCGAUUUGGCGCACAUUUUCAUCUCUCACUGGCACCACGACCACAUCGGGGGUCUCCUCGAUGUCUUGGACAUCAAAGACAAGACAAAGUAUACUCAAGUGUGGAAGUACCCCCGGAGCGAGGGCGAGAGCCUGCCUGACGGCUGCAACAUUGACUUCCUGAAGGACGGUCAAGAGUUCACCGUGGAGGGCGCCACCCUGCGUGUGGUGCACACCCCGGGGCACACCACCGACCACAUCGUGCUGCACCUGGUGGAGGAAAACGCAGUCUUCAGCGGCGAUUGCGUGUUAGGCGAAGGCACCGCCGUUUUCGAGGACCUGUACGACUACAUGAACUCGCUGCAGGAGAUUGCCGAUUUGGAGCCGGCGGUGGUGUAUCCCGGGCACGGCAAUGUCAUCCAUAGUCCGAGGGAAAAGAUCGAGUUCUAUAUCCAGCAUCGGAAGGAGAGGGAGCAACAAAUUUUAGAUAUUUUGAUCAAUAAUAGGCAGAAGCAGUUCAAUGAGAAGGAGUUGGUUAGGAUGAUUUACACCGACACUCCAGAGAAGUUGCUCAAAGCGGCGGAGUCCAAUGUUAAUCAUCAUUUAGUCAAGCUGUUGAAAGAUAACAAAGUCGCGCAGUUUAAUAACCUCUGGCAAUACAACGAUAUUUGUAAGAUGAUUUGAUUGGAGCAAGGAAAUUGUCUCUGUUCGUUGAACUGAAACAAGGCUGUUAUCAUUGCAAUGUAUUAUAUUGUUCUGUUCUUUGUCCUAUUGUAUUGUACAGGCUAGGCUAAGUUUUUGUUAUCGUUAAAUGUAUUAUAAUUUUAAUUACUUUAGUAUUUAAAUUGUUAAUAAAUUAUCCGAAAUUACAAAA